AUGUUUAAAAAUACAUAUCAGAAUGGCUUGCUAUCAAUAUUUUACAGUUGCGGCUCCAAUCCGUUAGCAAUAUGGGAUAUGGAAGUGCAGAACGGUCACAUAAAGAGAUUAACCGACGCGGAAGUGAACUCGAUAGUCCUAGAAAUAGUCAGCACGAACGUGGCCACUACCUACAUAAGCUGCCCGAAGCGCAAUCAAGUGCUGGGCAUAAAAUUGCCCUUCCUCGUCAUGAUCGUGAAGAAUUUGAAGCGUUACUUCUCCUUCGAGAUCACCAUACUCGACGAUAAGAAUAUGAGGAGGCGAUUUCGGAUAUCCAACUUUCAGUCGACUACCAAAAUCAAACCUUUCUGUACCAGCAUGCCAAUCGGGUUAUCGGGAGGAUGGAAUCAGAUCCAAUUCAAUUUAGCUGACUUCACCAGGCGCGCUUAUGGGACACAGUUUAUAGAAACGCUGCGCGUGCAAAUUCACGCGAACGCCCGCUUGAGGAGGAUUUAUUUUAGCGAGAGGCUGUUCUCGGAGGAUGAACUGCCGCAAGAUUAUAAGCUCUAUUUGCCAUUGGAGCGGAAACAAAAGAAGGGGAAGCCGGGCAAGAAGGAACCGCCGCCGGUAGUGGCUGCGCCCAUACCACCACCUGUACAGGAGAUUUUACCACCGUCAGCCGUUUCUGAAGUCCCAAAACAAGAACCAGAGAGUCCGGCGCCGGCGACGCCAGCUACGCCGGAACCGGAGGAGGUAAAGCAAGAACCCAUAGAGGCAGAACCGGCUGAAUCUCCAACCCCUGUCAAGGAAGAAGCUGAGCCAGUUUCGGAGGCCACGGAAGAACCGGAAGGAGCCCCAGCGGAAGCUCCCGCGCCUGAAGAAGCACCCGAAGGCCCAACUGAAGCAGCGGAAGAGCCAGCGCCGGCGGAAGAAUAG